ACGAUAAAUUAAGAAAGAGAAAAACAUUGAGACAAAAUAAAAACAACAUCAAUGUCAGUCGUAUAAACUCCAGCGUGAACUACGUCCAUUUUUUUGCUCAUACGAUAGAACAAUUUGUAUUUUUCUCAACGAUAUUUUUAGUAUUCACAUCAUACUUAUCGCGCUAUCAAGACGAUAUCUACUGGCAGAAAAAAAAAAUAAAACAAAUACAUUUCGAUAUUCAAUUAACUGAGGAUGGGAGCCGUUUUAGGCAUUGCAUCAGUUGCACAGCUGGCUUGCUGUUGUACGGGUACUGCAUGUUCGUUAUGCUGUGCGGCAUGUCCUUCUUGUCGUAAUAGUACUUCAACGCGAUUAAUGUAUGCGAUUAUGUUGCUUGUUGGAGCUAUUAUUUCUGGAAUUGCGCUUGCUCCGGGGAUGCAAGAUUGGCUGAAAAGUGUGCCAUUUUGUAAAAAUUCCACGGCAAAUUCAGCGUACUUUUUACCAAAUCAAAUAACGGCUGACUGUUCUGUGGCGAUUGGAUAUUUGGCAGUAUAUCGUAUAUGUUUUGCGUUAACAUGUUUCUUUGCGUUGAUGGCUAUGAUUAUGGUCGGCGCAAAAUCAAGUCGGGAUGCACGUGCAGGAAUCCAGAAUGGUUUUUGGGGCAUUAAAUAUCUCAUUGUGAUUGCAAUUGCGGUUGGUGCAUUUUUCAUUCCAAAUGGAGAAUUUGGCACAGCUUGGAUGUGGGUUGGCUUGAUUGGUGGUGUUAUUUUUAUUUUGGUACAACUCGUUUUAUUAGUCGACUUUGCUCAUUCUUGGGCUGAGACUUGGGUUGCAAAUUACGAAGAAAAUGAAUCACGUGGAUGGUAUUGUGCAUUGUUGUCUGCAACUGCUAUUCAAUAUCUUUUGGCUAUUACUGGCAUCGUUCUAUUGUACACGUACUAUGAUUGUGGUUUAAAUCGUUUCUUUAUCACUUUUAAUUUGAUUUUGUGCCUCUGCGUAAGCGUUCUUUCAAUCAUGCCACAAGUACAGGAGCGAAUCAGUCGUUCUGGCUUACUACAGAGUUCAGUGGUAACAUUGUAUGUUGUUUAUUUGACAUGGUCUGCACUUGCCAACAACCCAAACGAAAAGUGUCACUCCCAAAUAUUUCCAUCAGGUGGCAAUAGUAAGAUUACGUUUGACAAAACAAGCAUUGUUGGUUUGAUUAUUUGGAUGGUAUGUUUGUUGUACAGCUCAUUGAAAUCGGCUUCAAAGGUAUCAGAAAUAACCGUACCCGAUGUUGAAAAGCAAGUAUUAACAGCCAAAGAAAGUGGAGAGUCUCACAAACCGAUCGAUUCAGGUGAUAAUGAUGCAAAAGUCUACGACAAUGAAGAGAAUGGUGUGGCUUAUUCGUGGUCAUUAUUCCAUGGUGUUUUCGUUGCGGCCACGCUGUAUAUCAUGAUGACUCUGACUAACUGGUAUCAGCCAAAUUCCACGCUCGAAACAUUAAACACGAAUGCCGCCUCAAUGUGGAUCAAAAUUAUCUCUAGCUGGCUUUGCGCUGCCCUCUACGGUUGGUCACUUUUGGCUCCAAUUAUUCUCAAGGAUCGCAUUUUUGAAUAAAAUACUGAAUUGAGAUAACGAAUUCAAGUUAUUAUCAUUCAUUUAUACUAUAUAA